UGUAAGGGCCAUGAGACGACCGACAUUUUCACCAUAUAAAAAAAUGUUCGUGAAAUUUAGCGAUAUUGAGGGACUGUCGGAAGGGGCCAUUGACGAUGGAGGGCCAACGAGGGAGCUUUUUCGGCUUGUUUUAACUUACAUUAAAGAUAGUCCAAUGUUUGUCGGUAACCGCAAAAAACUAUCACUUAACGCAGUUGCUUUGGAAAACAAGCAUUAUUUCGAAGCAGGCCGGAUCAUAGCUUUAUCGCUAAUACACGGAGGCCCUGCCCCACAUUUUGUUUCGGAUUUCCUCUUUAGUUUGAUAGUCGGAGAUGAGAAUACAAAACCCACAUUUGAAGAUGUAGAAGAGGAUGUCAGAUCGACCCUAAUACAACUAAAAAAUUGUGAUUGUCUUUCCGAUGCACAGAAUAUAGUUACGGACAACAAUAUAUUUUCGACUGCGGGAUAUAGUUUUAUUUUCAAGAUUGAAGAGAUACCAAAAGUUUUAGAGGGGACGGUCACAUUUUUUACUGUCACAAGAAUUAGCGAUGCUUUAUUUCAGUUCAUGGAAGGCCUCAAGACGUGCAACGUCUAUGAGUAUUUGACAAAAUAUCCUCAUCUAUUUAAAAGGUAUAUGUGCAAUGACAUAAUAGCAAUUACAGCAGAAGAUCUGGAUAACUUGUUUGAAGUAUCAUAUUCCGCCAUCGGUUCAAAUACACGAAAAGUCGAAAACAAGGUUAUUACCUAUUUUCGGGAUUUCCUGCUUGACUGUGAAGGUAAUAACUCUCAAGAUAUAUCUAGUACCUGCUCCCAUGGAAAGGUGUCAGUAACAGAUGUUAUGGUAUUUGCCACAGGUGCAGACCAUAUUCCUCCAUUAGGCUUUCGAACAAAGCCGCAAAUAGAAUUUUUGCACGGCGAUUCAAGUAUUUACCCAAAAGCAAAUACAUGUUCUCUGACGCUUCAAUUGCCAGUUGCACAUACGAAAUACGAAGAAUUUACAAAUGCUUUGAAUUUCUCAAUUGCCAAUUGCAAUUCUUUUGGGUUCUCGUAGUUUGUAAGUUAUCCAUAUU